AUGAGUAAAAAGGCGACUACAGCUGCCUGUUGUAUCAUUGGUGACGAAAUAUUAAAUGGCAAAACAAGAGAUUCGAAUGCUUACUUUUUGGCCAAGUAUCUAUUUGAUCUAGGCAUCGACUUGAGAAGAGUAGAAACUAUACCUGAUGACUAUGAGUCCAUUGCAGAGACUAUCAAGAGACUUUCCAGUCAACACAAUUUUGUCUUUACGAGCGGAGGCAUUGGUCCAACACACGACGAUAUCACCUAUGCUGCUAUUGCCAAAACGUAUUCACUUCCACUUGUUCUUGAUCAAGAGACCUGUCAACAAAUGGAAACUUCAUCUAAAGAUCGAUACCCGAAUUGGACAUUAACAGAAGAACGUAAACGGAUGGCAACGUUUCCAGAGCCAUCAAUCAAACUGCGUCCGGAUAAAAACUUUUGGGUUCCAGUAGUCGUUGUCAAUGAGAAUAUUCAUAUUUUGCCAGGUAUUCCAAAGCUAUUCGAAGGUCUUUUAGAAUCGCUUCGGCCAUAUUUUUUGGAUAUCGUUGGGGAUCAAAAAGGAUAUCAUCGCAUACAGAUUGCUACUGAGCUAGGUGAAGGUGAUAUUGCUCCGUUUUUGACACAAAUGCAGAAUAAAGUGAGUGAUAUCAAGAUUGGAAGCUAUCCCAAAUGGGGGAUGCAGCAAGGUGUAAGAGUAGUCGUGAGUGUAGUGGGUAAAGAUCAAGAGCAAGUAGGACAGAUUGGUAAGGAAAUUAUGCAAGGCAUCAAAGGUUGGAUCUAUCAAUAA